AUUGAUUGAAGUGGUAAAUUUUUCAAGUGCAGGGCGUAGAUUGCUCAGGAAUUUGCGUUUUUUCUUUGUAGGGCGAGCACCACACUCUUGCUUGAGCCGUUGAAAGUUGCAGAUCGACGACUUGGAGAGAUGGCCCAGGAAAAGAUUACCCUGGCGGAUGCGCUGUCCAACGUGGAGGUGCUGGACGAGUUGCCGCUGCCGGACGAGCAGCCGUGCAUCGAGGCGCAGCCUUGCUCGGUGGUUUACCAGGCCAAUUUUGACACGAAUUUUGAGGACCGGAACGGGUUCGUGACGGGGAUUGCCAAGUACAUUGAGGAAGCGACGACGCAUGCGAAUUUGAAUCAACUGCUGGACGAGGGGCAGAAGCAUGCCGUUAUGCUGUACACGUGGCGGUGCUGCUCGCGAGCGAUUCCGCAGCCCAAGUCGAACGAGCAGCCUAAUCGCGUUGAAAUCUACGAGAAGACUGUGGAGGUGCUGGCGCCGGAGGUCAACAAGCUUCUCAAUUUUAUGUACUUCCAGCGGAAGGCCAUCGAGGCGUUUUCCGGGGAGGUGAAGCGGUUGUGUCACGCGGAAAAGCGCAAGGAUUUCGUGUCCGAGGCGUACCUGCUGACGCUGGGCAAGUUUAUCAACAUGUUUGCCGUGCUGGACGAGCUGAAGAACAUGAAGUCGUCGGUGAAGAACGACUACAGCACGUACCGGCGGGCGGCUCAGUUCUUGAAGGUGAUGAGCGACUCGCACACGCUGCAGGAGUCGCAGAACUUGUCCAUGUUUUUGGCGACGCAGAACAAGAUUCGUGACACCGUUAAGGACACGCUGGAGAAGAUCUCCGGCUACGAGGAGUUGCUGUCCGACGUGGUCAACAUCUGUGUGCACAUGUACGAGUCGAAGAUGUACAUGACGCCGGAGGAGAAGCACAUGCUGGUCAAGGUGAUGGGCUUCGGGCUGUUCCUGAUGGACUCGGAGAUCUGCAACAUCAACAAGCUGGACACGAAGAAGAAGCUCCGGCUGGAUCGGAUCGAUCGGAUCUUCAAGAACCUGGAGGUCGUUCCGCUGUUCGGAGACAUGCAAAUCGCCCCCUUCAACUACAUCAAGCGAAGCAAGCACUUUGACCCCAGCAAGUGGCCACUCUCCAGCUCGCAAGCCAUCAGUCCCCAAGCAGACCUGAUGGUGCACCUCCCAACGAUCCGCGAAGACCACGUCAAGUACAUCUCGGAGCUCUCCCGCUACAGCAACGAAGUCACCACCACCUACAAAGACAACGCGACCGACGCCGAAAACAAAGCGACCGCCGACCUCGCCCUCCGCGGUCUCCAACUCCUCUCCGAGUGGACCUCCGUCGUCACCGAACUCUACUCCUGGAAGCUGCUCCACCCAACCGACCACCACCAAAACAAAGAAUGCCCCGUCGAAGCGGAAGAGUACGAACGCGCCACCCGCUACAACUACUCCGACGACGAAAAGUUCGCCCUCAUCGAGGUCAUCGCCAUGAUCAAAGGCCUGCAAGUCCUCAUGGCCCGCAUCGAAACCGUACUCUGCGAAGCGAUCCGCCGCAGCAUCUACGCCGAACUUCAAGACUUCGUACAACUUAUGCUGCGCGAACCCCUUCGCAAAGCUGUCAAAAACAAAAAGGACCUCAUCCGGUCGAUCAUCAUGUCGGUGCGGGAAACGUGCGCCGACUGGCAGAAGGGCACCGAACCCGGCCACGACCCAGCCCUCAAAGGCAAAAAAGACCCCGACGGGGGCUUCCAGAUCGCCGUGCCGCGGCUGAACGUGGGCCCCUCGUCGACGCAGCUGUACAUGGUGCGGACGAUGCUGGAGUCGCUGAUUGCGGACAAGUCGGGCGGGAAGCGAACGCUGCGGAAAGAUAUCGACGGGUCGUGCCUGCUGCAGAUUGAUGCGUUCCACAAGCUGUCGUUCUAUUGGACGUUUUUGCUGAGCUUUAGCGAGACGCUGCAAAAGUGCUGCGAUUUGUCGCAGUUGUGGUAUCGGGAGUUUUACCUGGAGAUGACGAUGGGCAGGAAGGUUAAUAAAUGCCUCGUCCGGCACCAGCACAACGAGGAGUGCAACGAUCUGAUCACGAUGGAGAAGCGCAUCCAGUUCCCGAUCGAGAUGUCGAUGCCGUGGAUCCUGACCGAUCACAUCCUGCGCACGAAGGAACCGUCGAUGAUGGAGUACGUGCUGUACCCGCUGGAUCUGUACAACGAUUCGGCGCUGUACGCGUUGACGAUCUUCCGGAAGCAGUUUCUGUACGAUGAGGUGGAGGCGGAGGUCAAUUUGUGCUUUGAUCAGUUUGUGUACAAGCUGAGUGAGCAGGUGUUUGCGCACUACAAGCAGUUGGCGGGGAGUAUCUACUUGGACAAGCGGUUCCGGGUGGAGUGCGAGGUGCUUGGGUUUAACUUCCAGUCGUACCCGAAGAAUAAUAGGUAUGAGACGUUGCUGAAGCAGAGGCAUGUUCAGCUGUUGGGCAGGUCGAUCGAUUUGAACAAGUUGAUUACGCAGCGGAUUAAUGCGGAUAUGCAGAAGAGUUUGGAGUUGGCGAUUUGUCGGUUUGAGGCGAGCGAUAUUACUGGGGUUGUGGAGUUGGAGGCGCUGCUGGCGGUUAAUAAGUUGUGCCACAAGCUGCUGUCGCGGUUCUUGGCGUUGGACGACUUUGACGCGAUGCUGAAGGAGGCGAACCAUAAUGUGUUGGCCCCGUACGGGAGGAUCACGUUGCACGUGUUUGUCGAGUUGAACUACGACUUUUUGUCCAACUAUUGCUACAACGCUGCGACCAACCGGUUCGUCCGGAACAAGUUGCAGAUUCCGUUUUCCGGAGCGAUUACCCGCGAGAAGGCCCCCGUCAUGUCGCACUACUAUCUGUGGGGAUCGAAGCCGUUGAACGCGGCCUUCUCGACCCAGUACGGCCAAUACACCGGAUUCGUCGGCUCCCCCCACUUCCACUCGAUCUGCCGCCUGCUCGGCUACCAAGGAAUCGCCGUCGUAAUGGAAAUCAUCCUCAAAGACAUCGUCAAACCGCUCAUCCAAGGCAACCUGCUCCAGUUCACCAAAACCCUAAUGUCCGCAAUGCCCAAGUCCUGCAAACUCCCGCGUUGUGACUACGGAUCACCCGGCGUCCUUAGCUACUACCAAGCGCACCUCGUAGACAUCGUCCAAUACCCAGACGCCAAAACCGAACUCUUCCAGCUCUUCCGCGAAAUGGGCAACUCCCUCCUGUUCUGCCUCCUCAUCGAGCAAGCCCUCUCUCAAGAGGAAGUGUGCGACCUGUUGCACGCCGCCCCCUUCCAGAACAUCCUCCCCCGCCCGUACUGCAAGGAAGGCGAAAAGCCGGAAACCAAACAGAAACGACUCGAAACCAAGUACUCGUCGCUGCAGAUCGUCCCGAACAUUGAGAAGCUUGGAACGGCCAAACAGGCGAUGAUCGCAAGAGAGGGAGAUCUACUGACGCGGGAGCGGCUCUGCUGUGGAUUGAGCAUUUUUGAGGUGAUCUUGGGAAGGGUCAAGUCAUUCCUGGACGAUCCGGUUUGGGCGGGGCCGCCGCCCGUCAACGGGGUCAUGCACAUUGACGAGUGUUCGGAGUUUCAUCGGCUGUGGUCGGCGCUGCAGUUUGUGUACUGCAUUCCGGUGGCCGGGACGGAGUAUACCGUGGAGGAACUCUUCGGCGAGGGUUUGCACUGGGCCGGUUGCGCCAUCAUCGUGCUGCUGAACCAGCAGCGCAAGUUCGAGGCGCUCGACUUUUGCUACCACAUUCUGCGCGUGCAGCGCGUCGACGGCAAGGACGACACCGUAAAGGGAAUCAACCUAAAACGCAUGGUCGACCGCAUCCGGCGCUUCCAGGUGCUCAACUCGCAGAUCUUCGCCAUCCUGAACAAGUAUCUGAAGAGCAACGACGUCGAGGGCUCGAACGUGGAGCACGUGCGCUGCUUCCCGCCGCCGCCCCAUCCGACGGUCGUCCCCUCCCACUACCACGAUCCGAACAAGCUGCGGGCGCAGUAAACGACUCUAAUCUGUCAUUUUUUACCCCUUUUGUCUAGCUGCAACUGUUUAGUACGAGUUUUUCCUGCUACAUUAGUGAGAGAAGCGAGAAGCGCGAAGCAUUUCUUUUUAUUCGUGGCAUUUCUUCUUUCUGCGCGAUUAUGUUUUUAUUUUUCAGAAGUAUUUAUUUUUCAUAUUUGCAAUUUAAGGAAACAAAAAAAAAAACACAAAAUUCGUUUAUUAUUUUAGGGAUCUAUAUAUAUUUAGAACUUGUAUGUAUGUAGGCGAACUUGCUGGUUAAAGUAAAAACAAAACGUAAAGCGAGGAGACUCUUAGUUCUCCUCAUAGCAAAAACAAAGAAAAGAUCGUCGUCAUUUGGAAUGAACACAUUUAUCUGUAGGAUUAGGUGGAUUUGCUUUGAGAAAGCAUCAAUCUAGAACGUAUGUAGGGUAGGGUAGUCAUCAAUGAGACACUUUUGGUUUUCAACUUUCAACGAUUUUUCUAAUUUUUUCAUCAGCAUGUCUUAAUGAGCUUUUAGUUGCAUUAUCUUUCUUUUAAUGUGUUCUAUCAUUGACCAAAAUAUGAGAUCGAUCCGACAUCUACAGCCAGAGUUAUUCAACUGUCUCAUUGUAGACGCACUUGGCAGGAACAAUGAGACAGCUGGGGAACAAUGAGACACUCUACGAAAAUCAACAUUUUUCUAGCAAAACAUCAUGUUUUUGUAUUGUUCCAUUGCAGGUGACUUGCCUUGAACAUUUUAGAGCAAUUUUGCCAACAUGAAACUUUUAAUAACAAAAGUUACACUAAAAAGUAUUUAAAUUUUGUAAAAUCCAUAUAUUAAUACCAAAUAACUUUGUAUUUUUGGUUAAAUGAAGUUUAAACUCUAUAAAAAUACCAAAAAUCACUUUUAAUUCAUGUUUUGAAAGAUUUCCAUCGAUUUUGAAAAGUUUAUUGAAGAAAAAUCAAAGUGUCUCAUUGUUACCCAUGGGCUGAAAUGAGUGGGGAACAAUGAGACAGUCCUGGAUUCUGGGUGUAUUCUAAAUUUUGGCCAAAUCCAAUGAAAGGACAUUGUAGCCCAACUUAAUCCCUAUGGAACGUCGAAAGACAUUUGAAGAAAUAUUAGUUUUGGUGUAAAUGGCAGCCUACGAGCGAAAAAGUAUUUUUUGUCCAUGAUUUACUUUUACACCCCAGAAUCAAUUAUUUAUGAAUUACUUUUCAAGGGAGCGUCCAUAACCAAAGCCACUUAUAUGGCAGUCGUGUAUCCAGUAGACACACCUUUCCCCCAAAUAUGAGCCUGAUUGGUUGAAACUACGACUUGUGAGAGCCAUUUUAUCAUUGUUCCCCGUGUCUCAUUGAUGACUACUCUACCCUACUCUUUGCAGAUGAACGGUUGUUCGACGAUGGGCAGAAAAUUGCUGGUGGCGCCGACGGAUGACACUUUUAUGAUCGUCGAAACGAUCCAGGAGACGAAAUGGUGACAAACAAGUUUCUUAAAUCGAAAUUGAUAAGAGAUCAAAUUCACGAGAAUCGCUGAGCAACGAGAAAUCAGAAUCACCAAAUUCAUCAAAAUCACCCUGAUAAUUGUAAGCGAUUGUCAAUCUCAAUAUUUAAAUUGUCUUUUUUUGUACUUCUCUAAAUUUUAAAAAUAUAUUCAAAACUUUCGCUAAAAGGUCCAAAAAUUGUAGCUAUAACUUU